CACCGUUGCGAGAGGUUAUGAAGCGAAGGCUGUCGGACUGCAGGAUAAUAUUCGGAUGAUCUUUUUGAACGCAUUCCGCUCGCGCACAUCCACAGCUGAUGCCCCUCGCUCGAAGGCUCCAUGGACCUUGGAUCAUCUUCGCGUCUUCGCGAGAAAGCAGACGAUCGGGGUCCCACUGCUUGGGUAUCAGCCUCGGCUCCUGCCAGAUCUACUCCACAGAUCUUCGGACACCGAAGCGAAGUAUGCUAUGCGCGUGACUACGAUGGCCGUGUUGUUGGCGAUCGCUCUGCCUUAUUUUCCCUCGGCACCAGGAUAGACUUUGACCACACGAGCGAUUGGGCAUCCCUCGAGGUGCGGAAUCCGGGCCCCGGAUACCGCCAGCGAUAUCCGCACCGCAGCGAAUCGGACGUGACGGCGUCGGACUUGCAGAGGCAGUUUAACGCCGCGUCCGACGACACUCCGCCCCCACGCCGAUCGGGAUCGCCGAUGCCAGUCUGGCUUUGCGACGCUCGAUCUUGUGGUAUAAGUACUUGGUACGCUUUCCGCAUCAGUGAGGGUUCCCUGCAUCAACCCUGCUAGUGCCGCGGCUCUCAGUCCAUGGGUGUAAACGCACAUGCCUCGUACGUACUUGCUCGGUGAGCUCCCCGAGCCCUCCCCACAACCGCGACCUACUCGACUGAUAACGGCGGUGGUCACCGCCAGGCCUAGCUCAGGCUUGAGGUUCGGUGCACGUGGGUGCAACACAGUUAUUCUCCGACAUUACCC